CAACGUUAUGAUUUUUCUCUGAUUAAGUGCUCACAAUUAAAUUAUGCAGCGUUAGAUGUUUCUACAAAUCUUAUCUGAGCGUUGACUUGUCGAUAAAUCAAUAAGAAUGCCUAAUCAACUAAUCUGAAGAGGUACGGGUACGGAAAAGACGGCUCAGGCAUAUAAGAAUAGCUGGUCAGUCUAGCGUGGUAUUCGCGUCGAUCUUUGCUCCAUCGGAUUAUCGGUACUUUAUUCGAAAAUGUCUUGUUAUAGAACUUUGAAUAAAAUUUCAAAAAACCAUUUCUUGAUCUUACGAAGGUUUUUGCGAACGAACGUAAUAAGUAAUCCUCACAUAAAGGUGUCUGAAGAAGUACAGGAUGCGAUUGAAUGCAAAAAGCCGGUCGUAGCGUUGGAAUCCACCAUUAUCACUCAUGGCAUGCCAUACCCGAAAAACGUGGUGUGCGCUGUACAAGUGGAGGGGGUAGUACGCAAGCAGGGCGCAAUCCCAGCUACUAUAGCCAUAAUACGGGGAAAAAUCCAUGUAGGCCUGUCAGAAACGGACAUCAACAUGCUGGGAGAUACCUCAUCGAGCAAGCCAAUAAAAACGUCUAGAAGAGAUCUAGCUUACGUGAUCAGUAAUGAGAUGAGUGGGGGGACUACAGUUUGCGGAACGAUUUUGGUGGCCGAUCAAGUUGGCAUUCCUGUAUUUGCUACUGGAGGUAUAGGAGGUGUUCACAGAGGGGCAGAUAAAACAUUUGACGUAUCAGCUGAUCUCAUAGAGCUUGGAAAAUCUGGCAUAGCCGUUAUAUCUAGCGGAGUGAAAUCGAUUUUGGAUAUACCCAAGACUCUGGAAUAUUUGGAAACACAAGGUGUAUUUGUGGGAACAUUUGGAGAUAGUAAUGAAUUUCCAGCUUUUUACUCAAGAAAAAGUGGCAGCAAAUCACCAUAUAUUGUCCAAUCCGCUAAGAAGGCAGCUCAGAUUAUCAAAUCUAGCAUGGAUAUGGAUUUGAAGUCAGGCAUGCUAUUUGCAGUACCAAUACCAGAAAAAUAUGCGUUGUCAUAUGAAACAAUGAAUGAAGUCAUAGAACAAGCUUUGAAGAGCAUGGACCCACACAUGGAGGGAAAACAAGUCACUCCAUAUUUACUAUCACAAGUGGCGAAACUUACUAGUGGCAAGUCUUUGGAGAGCAAUAUCGCUCUUAUAAAGAAUAAUGCAAUGGUCGCAGCCAAUAUUUCAGUCGAGUUGGCGAAACUGAGACAAUCGGGUGGAAGUGAAGUGCGUGAUAUGGAGCGCAGUAACACCGGAAGUGCUACAGAAAAUGGAGUGGAUGGACAUCCAAAACGAGGACCGGUCAUCAUUGGUGGCUCUAAUCUGGAUUGCAACGCCAUGCUAGCAGCGAAAGUCAUAAAGGUAAGAUACAUUGAUUUAUUGCUUGAAUUAAAAUUAUUCUUCUGA